AUGGCGCCGAGCGUGUUACGGACUAGCGGUUACAUAUUAUUAUUAUUUAUAACAAACACGCUCGCAGCGCUGCCAUCAUCCAUACGCGUCGUGAAUCGUGAAUGUAGCUCUUCGGAGUGCGAAUAUGUUAUAAAAGUUAGCGGUGUAAGUCAUUGGUCGUUGACCGAUGUGCCCGGUGUGAAAAACGGCUUGUGUACAAAAUAUAAUCACGCAUACCCGGCUGGUGUCCAAGUUGUAAAAGUACCGAAUGCCGAGCUGUUCCUCUGUAUUGAGAACGACCAAGGCUGGUUCUAUGCCGACGUUAUUUUGGAUAGUGACGUCAGCGCGCGGACGGCGGAAAAUGAAAUCGAAGACGUACCUCGUGAUGAGGUAGAGAAACUGGACGGGAGCUACCUCCAGGACUACUACAGGGACCUCCGGGUCAACAAAAAUAAGGAUGAAGUAGACGAACUAGUUGAAACAUUUGAAGACAGCAAGCAUUUACGUAUUAAACGUCAAGCUACAGAAGAAUCUGCUGACAAAGAUGUUAUUGGAGAAGUUAAUGCUACGGAAGCAGCAGUUUUAGAUGCUGCUGCACCAACUGCUGCCCCAUAUGUCGGUCCAAUACGACUCAUGGGUCUAAGAAUAGAGGAAUCAGCGAAAGAACCAAAGAUAGUUGAUGGAAUGAUUCCCAGCGUUCUUCGUGAGACCCUGUUCAUGAUGAGGCUCUUCGGGGAAGGCUUCACCAGCGAUACUGUGAUAGCAUUUACCCAUGUCCCAGAAGAAUAUGGAAAACCCUGCCAUUUCCUACUUAGCGGAGAAUAUAAGAUAAAAGAAGCAAGCUCUGAUUCAGGACUUUUCGAAUUAUUGGCCCCACCUCCAUUAGAGGACUACAAAUUCUAUAUAUGCACAAAGAAUUCUAGCAACGCUGACUUCGUACAUCAGGGCCAAGAGAAAUGGAAGAUUUUGGGGACACAUAACAAACUUUUACCUCUAUGGGCGUCUUUGAUUCUAAUUGUCAUUCUACUGAUGUUGGCAUCACUGUUCUCUGGUCUAAACCUCGGUUUGAUGGCCCUUGAUAGAACAGAAUUGAAGAUUAUUGCAAAUACAGGAACUGACAAAGAGAGGAAAUACGCUAGGGCUAUCAUGCCAGUUCGAGCUCAUGGCAAUUAUCUUCUAUGUACCAUUCUGUUAAGUAAUGUAGCAGUUAAUAGUACUUUCACUGUUAUUUUGGAUGACCUAACGUCUGGUCUUGUGGCUGUAAUCGGUUCUACGUUGGCUAUAGUCUUUAUAGCUGAGAUCACUCCUCAGGCUAUCUGCGCUAGACACGGACUCUUGAUAGGUGCGAAGAGCAUUUGGAUCAUGAAGAUCGUUAUGGGUAUAUGUGCUCCGCUCGCGUGGCCCACGAGCAAGCUUCUUGAUUACUUCCUCGGAGAAGAGAUCGGUACUCAUUAUAAUAGAGAAAGACUGAAGGAGCUCGUCAAAAUCACCAAUCACGUGAAUGACCUUGAUAAAGAAGAAGUAAAUAUAAUAUCUGGAGCUUUGGACCUUCGCAAGAAGACGGUCAAGGACGUUAUGACCAAACUAAAAGACUGCUACAUGCUGCCUAUCAACAGCGUGCUCGACUUUGAAACUAUGACAGAGAUCGUCAAGUCUGGCUAUUCCCGUAUCCCAGUGUACGAGGGUACUCGCACCAACAUCGUGACGGUGCUGUUCAUCAAGGACCUGGCGUUCGUGGACCCUGACGACAACACGCCUCUCAGAACACUCUGCCAGUACUAUCAGAACCCCUGCAACUUCGUCUUCGAAGACGCUACUUUAGACGUCAUGUUGAAACAGUUCAAAGAAGGCCACAAAGGUCACAUGGCGUUCGUCCAACGCAUCGAGGAGGGUGACGGCGACCCGGUGUACGAGACCGUCGGGCUGGUGACGCUGGAGGACGUGAUCGAGGAGAUGAUACAGGCUGAGAUAGUUGAUGAGAGCGAUGUUAUAAGUGACAACCGCACCAAGAAGCGCCUCCUCCGCCCCAUGAACAAGCUGCACGACAUCGCAGCGUUCGCGGGCCACCAGCACCAGCGGGUCCACGUGUCCCCGCAACUAAUACUCGCAACCUUCCAGUUUCUAAGCACCAGUGUUGAUCCAUUCCGAGCGGACAUGAUCUCCGAGAACGUGCUGCGUCGUCUGCUGAAACAAGACGUGAUCCAACACGUGAAGCUGAGGGGUGACGAGGAUAAGAACGACCCCAAGAGAUACGUCUUCCAAGAAGGGAAACCGGUGGACUACUUCGUGUUGAUCCUGGAGGGGCGCGUGGAGGUGACCGUCGGCCGAGAGAACCUCAUGUUCGAGGCGGGGCCCUUCACGUACUUCGGCGUGCAGGCGCUCACGCAGAACGUGGGAGUGGCGGAGUCCCCAGCCCCUUCGACCCUGGGUUCGCUCCAAAACCUCAACAUGGACUCUAUGUUGGGUCACACUUUCGUUCCGGACUACUCUGUAAGAGCUAUUGCUGAAGUCUACUACUUGACCAUUAAGAGAUCUAUGUAUCUUGCUGCGAAGCGCGCGACACUCAUGGAGAAAGGGGCGCUCAACAAAGGAGGAACCAACGAGCAGAUAGAACCAGAAGUUGACAAGCUUCUACGCGAAGGUGACGGCCACAAGCUUGAAGAAAUAGUGGAAAAUGAAAAAGAAAACUCUCUCGUGAAACCGUUCAAUCCUACAUCGGCCAGCCCAUUCACCAAUUCCACCUUCAAGUCAUACGACAAAGAAAAUCCCGAAGAAGAAAAACUUCUAAAGAAAUGA